UGACUGUAAUAAGAUAAGACUGUAAUGAGCUAAUGCUAGGUUAUGAAAAUGAUGUUUGUUUUCAGCGACUACAAGUAAGCUCCUGAUGAAUUGAUAUAAAUGAUGAAAUUAUACAAGUAAACAACAUUGGAAACUUGGAACUUGGUAGAAAUGGCCAGUACAGUCUAUCUGUUCUGUUUUUUGUUAUAUGUUACUCAUCAGGUAGUAGCAGACUUUCAUUCUCCGACGAUCAAGUUCGUCCCUGGAUUCGAAGGACCCCUCCCUUUUCGUCUUCAAACAGGGUAUGUCGGGGUAGAUGAAUCAGAGGAUGUGCAGUUGUUCUAUUAUUUUGUCGAGUCUGAGAGAAAUCCUAAGGAGGAUCCUGUUAUUCUUUGGAUGACCGGAGGCCCUGGCUGUUCUUCCUUCUCUGCUCUUGCUAGUGAAGUAGGGGAGGCUAACCUGGUUGAGCAAGAAAAAAUUGAUUUUUUGUAUGUCGGGGUAGAUGAAUCAGAGGAUGUGCAGUUGUUCUAUUAUUUUGUCGAGUCUGAGAGAAAUCCUAAGGAGGAUCCUGUUAUUCUUUGGAUGACCGGAGGCCCUGGCUGUUCUUCCUUCUCUGCUCUUGCUAGUGAAGUAGGUCCAAUAUAUUUUGAGCUGGUGAUGUACGACGGGACUUUGCCUACCCUGGUCUUAAAUCCAAACGCAUGGACAAAGAUUGCUAGUAUAAUAUUUUUGGACUUGCCAGUCGGUACUGGUUUCUCUUAUGGCAGAACACCCUUUGCUUCUGGCUCGAUUGACAGCCAAGCAUGCGCUCAAGCUGUCCAGUUUCUACGGAAGUGGUUUGUUAGUCAUCCUGAAUUCCUUUCAAAUCCCUUCUAUGUUGCUGGAGACUCUUACGCUGGAAUAUUUGUUGCAAUUGUCACUCAAAUGAUCUCGAAUGGAAACGAGGCAGGUUUUGAACCGUCCAUUAAUCUCAAGGGUUACUUAGCUGGCAAUCCUAUAACAUAUGCUGCUGAAUCAAACUUUUCAAUCCCCUUUUCUCAUGGAAUGGGACUUAUAUCAGAUGAACUUUACGAGUCACUGAGAAGGAGUUGUGGGUUCGAUCAUCUGAAAUCAGACUCUGACAGUGCAGAAUGUUCUCGUGGUUUAGAGGCUUUUGAGCAGUGUACCAAUGGAAUUAACAAGUACCACAUUUUGGAGAAAAAUUGUCCCAGAGAUGCACCUCAGCUGCGGAGAUCAUUGUCUAAUGGAAAAAGAACUUUUACAGACAGAUUUGAAGAGACAUCACUUUCUGCAGUAUCGGUAUCUGAUUGUAGUGUCGACGCGCGUUGGCUUUUUGGUCACUGGCUUAAUGAUGAACUAGUUCAAAAUGCCCUGCAUAUCAGAAAGGGGACCAUAGGGACAUGGGUGCGAUGCAACAGAGAUAGCUUGGAUUUUCAAAUGAUAAUCACGGAUGUUAGGGCAUAUCAUGCUAAUCUCAGCGCAAAGGGUUAUAAAUCUCUCAUAUACAGUGGUGACCAUGAUUUUCUUGUGCCAUUUCAAUCUACUCAAGCUUGGAUAAGAGAUCUAAACUAUUCUGUUAUUGAUGACUGGCGACCCUGGAUUGUCGAAGGCCAAUAUGCUGGUUACACGAGGGCUUACUCUAACAAAAUGACAUUUGCUACUGUGAAGGGGGGAGGUCAUACAGCUCCAGAAUACCGCCCUCCAGAAUGUUAUGCUAUGUUCGAAAGAUGGAUUUCAAAUAAACCUCUUAAUAGCAGAAGCAUUGAACAGGAAAAUAAAAAACAUUUAAAUAUGGCACGUAUCAGCAGUACAGCAUAUCAGUUGUGUUAUUUGCUUGUUGUUACUGGAAUCCUACAAUGUAUGUUCUCCCAGGUGGUUGCUGAAGACACUCAUUCACCUGUGAUCAAAUUCCUCCCUGGUUUCCGAGGACCUCUCCCUUUUCGGUUUCAAACAGGGUAUGUGGGAGUAGGUGAAUCAGAGGAUGUGCAGCUGUUCUAUUAUUUUGUCGAGUCACAACGAAAUCCUAGAGAGGAUCCUCUUCUUCUUUGGAUGACAGGAGGCCCUGGCUGUUCUUCCUUCACUGCAUUAGCUUAUCAGAUAGGUCCUUUGAAUUUUGAGCAAGAAAAAUACGAUGGGACUUUUCCUACUCUUAUUUUAAAUCCGUACUCCUGGACAAAGAGAGCGAGUAUUAUAUUUUUGGACUUUCCAGUUGGUACUGGCUUUUCCUAUGGCAGAACAGCCACUGCUUCUCGCUCUACUGACACCCAAGCAUAUGCUCAAGUUUUUGAAUUUUUAAGAAAGUGGUUAGUUGGUCACAGUGAAUUCCUUCUAAAUCCAUUCUAUGUCGCGGGAGACUCUUUUGCUGGAGUAUAUGUUGCAGUUAUCUCUCAAAUGAUCUCAGAUGGAAAUGAAGCAGGCCUUGAACCGUCUAUUAAUUUUAAGGGUUACCUAGCAGGAAAUCCAGUUACAUUUCGCGCUGAGACAAACUUUUCAAUUCCCUUUUCGCAUGGAAUGGGACUUAUAUCAGAUGAACUUUAUGAGUCACUGAGGAGAAGUUGUGGGUUGGAUGAUCAGAAAGCUGAUCCUGACAGUGCAGAAUGUUCACGCAGUUUAGAGACUUUCAAUCAGCUCACCGAUGGUCUUAAUCAGCAACAAAUAUUGGAAAAAGCCUGUGGCGAAGAUUCAGUGCAUGAGCCGCGUAGAUCAUUGUCUGAUUGGAAAAGGGCAAUUAUAGAUGGAUCUGGAAAAACAUUACUUGCAGAGACUGAGUGUCAUGUCGAAGCACGUCUGCUUUCUGUUUACUGGAUAAAUGAUGAGAGUGUUCAGAAAGCAUUGCAUAUUAGAAAGGGUACUGUAGGAACAUGGGCAAGAUGCAACCAGGAUACUCUGGCUUUUGAAAUUUCGGUUCUGGAUGUUAGAGCAUAUCAUGCAAAUCUAAGCACAAAGGGUUAUAGAUCUCUUAUAUUCAGUGGUGACCAUGAUUUUGUUGUACCAUUUCUAUCAACUCAAGCUUGGAUAAGAGCGCUAAACUACUCUAUUAUCGACGAAUGGAGGCAAUGGAUUGUUGAAGAUCAAGUUGCAGGUUACACAAGGACUUACUCGAACAAAAUGACAUUUGCUACUGUCAAGGGAGGAGGUCAUGCAGCUUCAGAAAACAAACCUGCAGAAUGUUUUGUCAUGGCGGAAAGAUGGUUAUUCGACGAACCUCUAUAAAAAAAUGCCGUCUUUUUGGGCACACAGGGUACUUAUACAAUAUUUGCUCAGAGAAGUUUGUGAUAUGCUGAAAAUUAACAGCUCAAGGUUCAGUUUUUGUACUGUUUCAGCAAGUACCCAUUUAAAAUUUCUAAAUGGACCAAUAAAAAUCUACUGAUUCAGUUAUUGAAUUAAA